GGUUGCUGAAAGAAAAAAAAAGGAAAGAAAAGAAAAAAAUAGCCAAGUGUCUUCUCCUUAUCUGGAUGUCUACAAAUUAGAGAGAGGGAGAGAGCGAGAUCUGCUCCACCAGAGCGGGCGAGAGAGAGCCAGGCCAGACGCCCGGCUUUCUUUCUUUCUUUUUUUUUUCCCCUCCUGCACCCGCCCUGUGCCUUCGCUGAGGCUUCGCCUUGCCUCCUUCCUCUCCGCGCACCCCCACGGGCCCGCUGGCAAAGUGGGGUGGGGAGCGAGGCGCGGGGGGCGGGGGCCGGCGCGGCGGCCAGGGCUGCCGGGCGGCCGAGCAUGGAAGAGCAGCUGCCGGAGCCUAAAAGUCAGCGCGACUCGGGCCUCGGCGCGGUGGCGGCGGCGGCGGCGGUGGUGGCGGCGGCGGCCCCGGGCGGCCUCAGCCUGAAUCUUAGCCCAGGAGCCAGCGGCAGCAGCGGCAGCGAUGGAGACAGCGUGCCGGUGUCCCCGCAGCCCGCGCCCCCGUCGCCGCCGGCGGCGCCCUGCCUGCCGCCCCUAGCCCAUCACCCGCACCUCCCCCCGCAUCCCCCGCCCCCGCCGCCGCCGCCGCCGCCUCCGCCGCAGCAUCUCGCGGCGCCUCCUCACCAGCCGCAGCCCGCGGCCCAGCUGCACCGCACCACCAACUUUUUCAUCGAUAACAUCCUGAGGCCCGACUUCGGUUGCAAAAAGGAACAGCCCCUGCCGCAGCUCCUGGUGGCGGCGGCUGCGGCCGGAGGAGGCUCCGGAGGAGGAGGAAGCCGCGUGGAGCGUGACCGAGGCCAGACUGGUGCAGGUAGAGACCCUGUCCACUCGCUGGGCACGCGUGCUUCGGGCGCCGUCUCGCUCUUAUGCGCCCCAGAUGCGAACUGUGGCCCACCCGACGGCUCCCAGCCCGCCACCGCCGUCAGCGCGGGAGCAUCCAAAGCCGGGAACCCGGCUGCUGCGGCGGCGGCAGCGGCGGCGGCGGCUGCAGCGGCCGUGGCGGCGGCAGCGGCGGCAGCAGCAUCGAAGCCCUCGGACAGCAGCGGCGGCAGCGGAGGCAGCGCAGGGAGUCCCGGGGCGCAGGGCGCUAAGUUCCCGGAACACAACCCCGCGAUCCUCCUCAUGGGCUCCGCAAACGGCGGGCCGGUGGUCAAGACUGACUCGCAGCAACCCUUAGUUUGGCCCGCCUGGGUCUACUGCACGCGCUACUCGGACCGUCCGUCCUCUGGUCCACGCACCAGGAAGCUAAAGAAGAAAAAGAACGAGAAGGAAGACAAGCGGCCUCGGACGGCGUUCACGGCCGAGCAGCUGCAGAGACUCAAGGCGGAGUUCCAGGCGAACCGCUACAUCACGGAGCAGCGGCGACAGACCCUGGCCCAGGAGCUCAGCCUGAACGAGUCCCAGAUCAAGAUCUGGUUCCAAAACAAGCGUGCCAAGAUCAAGAAAGCCACGGGCAUCAAGAACGGCCUGGCGCUACACCUCAUGGCCCAAGGACUGUACAACCACUCGACCACCACGGUCCAGGACAAAGACGAGAGCGAGUAGCUGUGGCCAGCCCGGGGCCUGCGGUCCAACCGCGCCCGCCCGUGCCAUCUCCUGGCUCCGCGGGGCUGCCGCU